CCGAGCGCCCGGGAGUCGCGUGCCCACGGCCGGCGCGCAGCGUCCCCCGUGCAGUCCCGGCGACCUGCCACCGAGGAGGACGUGACUCCGAGCCGCCUCCGCUUUCUCCAAGCCAUAUUCCUUUAAGAUGAUGUAAUAGUCACUUCCCUGGAUGGUCUCCUGCCUGCACUGCUGAAACAACAGCACCCGAACUGCGCCGGGAACUGUGGAACCACCCAGCUCCGCCGCCGGGGAAGCCGGAGCCGAGCCCCCCGCCGGCAUCUCCGCGCUGCGGCGGCCGCGGCUCCCGCCUGGCUGGGAACAUGGGAGCCCGCCUGCCCUUGCCGGCAGGCGGGGUGGCUGCCUGGGACCCCAGCAGGGCACCGCUGUCUUUCGUUCUGCUUCUGGGCUUUCUGAAAAGCUUCUAAGUCCCGCUCCGAGACUGUGUGUGUGACUGUGGAUUCCGACUGCUUUGCAAAUGGGUAUCUCUCCACAAGAGCUGUGUGUCCAGCAUUCAUUAAGACAGACCUCUCAGUAACUGGGGACCUGGCCUGCCUAGCCCGCUGAGCUUGGGGAAGAUCGGAUGGAGAUGAGUUGAUUAUCUUCCACGAAGUAAUAGCUCACCACCUGCCGGGGUUUAAACUACUUAUGCAGCAUCCCCACACCCUUGGACUCUUGGCAAUUCUGCUUUCUUGGGGAAAAACCUGGGGCAAGAGGAGGUCGUUUUUAACAAGUUAGUGUCCUCUCCCUCCCUUACAAGUUGAUGCAAAGGCUCAGGCUGUGACUCCACUGGAUUGCACCUUCACAUCCAAAUAGAAGAAGAAGAAGCAGCAGCAAGCACCAUGGCUCUGAGUGGAAACUGUAGUCGCUAUUACCCUCGAGAACAAGGGGCUGCCGUUCCCAACUCCUUCCCCGAGGUCGUGGAGCUGAAUGUGGGGGGUCAAGUUUAUUUCACUCGCCAUUCCACGUUAGUAAGCAUCCCUCAUUCCCUCCUGUGGAAAAUGUUUUCCCCAAAGAGAGACACAGCUAACGAUCUAGCCAAGGACUCCAAGGGAAGGUUUUUCAUUGACAGAGAUGGAUUCUUGUUCCGUUACAUUCUGGACUAUCUCAGGGACAGGCAGGUGGUCCUGCCUGAUCACUUUCCAGAGAGGGGAAGACUGAAAAGGGAAGCUGAGUACUUCCAGCUCCCAGACUUGGUCAAACUCCUGACCCCCGAUGAAAUCAAGCAAAGCCCAGAUGAAUUCUGCCAUAGUGACUUUGAAGACGCCUCCCAAGGAAGCGACACGAGAAUCUGCCCCCCUUCCUCGCUGCUCCCUGCCGACCGCAAGUGGGGUUUCAUUACCGUGGGGUACAGGGGUUCCUGCACCAUGGGCAGAGAGGGGCAGGCAGACGCCAAGUUUCGGAGAGUUCCUCGGAUUUUGGUUUGUGGAAGGAUUUCCUUGGCAAAAGAGGUCUUUGGAGAAACUUUGAAUGAGAGCAGAGACCCUGACCGAGCCCCAGAAAGAUACACCUCCAGAUUUUAUCUCAAAUUCAAGCAUCUGGAAAGGGCUUUUGAUAUGUUGUCAGAGUGUGGAUUCCACAUGGUGGCCUGUAACUCCUCAGUGACAGCGUCUUUCGUCAACCAAUAUACAGAUGACAAGGUCUGGUCAAGUUACACCGAGUACGUCUUCUACCGUGAGCCUUCCAGGUGGUCAUCCUCGCACUGUGACUGCUGCUGCAAGAAUGGCAAGGGUGACAAAGAAGGGGAGAGUGGCACCUCUUGCAACGACCUCUCCACCUCCAGCUGCGACAGCCAGUCUGAGGCCAGCUCUCCCCAGGAGACGGUCAUCUGUGGGCCCGUGACACGCCAGACCAACAUCCAGACUCUGGACCGCCCCAUCAAGAAGGGCCCCGUGCAGCUGAUCCAACAGUCAGAGAUGCGACGGAAAAGUGACCUGCUCCGGACUCUGACUUCGGGCUCCAGGGAGUCGAACAUGAGCAGCAAAAAAAAAGCUGUGAAGGAAAAGCUCUCCAUUGAGGAAGAGCUGGAGAAGUGCAUCCAGGAUUUCCUAAAGAUCAAAAUUCCAGAUAGGUUCCCCGAGAGGAAGCAUCCGUGGCAGUCUGAACUUUUACGGAAGUACCAUCUAUAGGGGCAGGCUGGGGGGGCGGGGGUGGGAGGAGAAACAAACCGUGUCACCAUUUUGAAAUAAACCUCCUAAACAGAAUCCACAUUUGAAAAGAAAAACAACAAUCCACGUUUAUUAGAACACAAUAGCUCGUUGACCUAUGACUACUGCCUACUUACCUAGUUCACCUUAACACGUAAAGCCACAGGGUAGAUUUCUCUCCAGAUGUGCAAAUGUAAAAAAAUCUUUUUUUUUUUUUUUUGGUGGGGGGGGAGUUAUUUCUUUGUUUGUUUGUUAACUUGGUCCCAUGUGCUGAGUAUCUUAUCUCUAAGGAGAGCCAGCUAUGUAAGAAUAGCUGAGAAGACAUGGGAAUCCUUCCUCCCAGACUGGGUUUUUCUCUCAUCUUCUACCUCCCUCCUUUGAAUGAGAAUAUGGUAGAGACCUGGCCCAAUGGCAUGUGUUUGGAUUUUUAAAUUUUCCUUUUCCCUUUUGUUUAUGGGGGAAGGGGUGGGGAGGAUGGCAGAUUUAUAUGACUUUUCACUCAAAUCGAUUAUGUGCCAGUUUAUAUUGACCCCGUCUGCAUGAGUAUUUGUGCAACACAAGCACAACAAAGUGUGUAUAUACAUGAGGCGCACGAGAUCCCAGGGCCUGGACGUCCUAAGGGCUGUGCUCACGGUCCCAGCAGCACCCUCUUAGCGUCCUUCCGACACACGAGCCUCUGCUCUUUUCUUAAAGCCCUCCUGGGAAGGUUUCCCAGCCUCUCUUGGCAAGGCUUCCGAACAUCCAAUAACCCUCAUCAUCAACAAAUCGUCUUCCUUAUUUCAAAAUUAACACCCUCAGGCUCCAUUUUACCGCGAUGCUCUUUCUCUGUGCUAGGAGAGCUAGUCAAACUUUCUUUGUAUUAAAGGAACCCAAACACCCAUAUCCACAAAAAUGACUGCAAAACGACCCCACACUCAGCCUGCCCUACCCUGGGCUGAAUUACUUUCCUUCUCUUGGUAUUUUCAGAGCUCUUACUGCCCGUGUUGUAACGGUGUGGCCUUCCCACAUAGCCCACGUUGAGUUCUCUGCACUCCUGUGUAGCCGUGGGAAUAAGAACAGCACAGAGUCCUUGAAUAAGGCUCCCACCUUUUGUGCUCAGAGGAAAGUGUUUUUCACAUCCCUCCUAAUCAUUUCUCAUAACCUUUUAAAACUACAGUGCUACAUUGUUACUUUCUUGUAGCCAGAUCUGUUUGCCUUUGGGAUCUGGGAUUUGGCUGUGUCCAUACUAGGACUUGGCCGUCACUGAUGUCUGUGAACAAUCCAUCUGGAUAACUGGAGCCCCGAAAUGAUGACUCCGGCUUUCUAAACCAUCUUUCUUGAUUACACCCUUGACUUGUAUAGACACAGCCAAAAAGAAACUGUGAAUAGCCAUCCAUCUAUGUGACUCUGUAUUCUAUUCACCUACCAAUAGUUCUUUCAUAGACUUGUGGUAAAUGAAGAUUAGAGGCCAAGUUUUACCUUCAGCAUUCCUCAUGCAGUUAAGUGGGAACUGAAAAAUAAUUUGUCCAUCAUUAAUUGUGUGCCAAGCACUCCUAAUUUCUUUCUUUUUAUUGUGUGUGUAUGUAUAUAUGUGUCACAGGUAAUAAAGGCAACUGGAUGGUGUCUGUAGGAGGGAAAAAUAACGACCAGUGGCUUCUUUUUGAAAUCUUUGAUUGAUACACGUUUAUCAUGUAAGAGAUCCGUCUUAAUUUCUGUUAUUAUACCCAUUAGUAUAUGGAUAUCUUUCUGAAUUUUUUGUAAUUCUUGCCUUCACACCCGGGCAACAGACUUGGCCAAUGGUUUCUUGUCCUGAUGGUUUGAAUGGAGUUUACAGUUUUACUUAAGUAAAAAAAGAAAGAUCAUUUGGGGAGUUGAGUUGUCAAGAGAAUUAUCAUUAUGAAUUUAAGUGGUAUCUUUUUAUGUGUUAAUAUAUUAGUUGACGUUUGAUCUUAACUGCAACAUAGCUUUGUAAAGCCUACCAGUAAUCUUCAGUCUUUUCAAUGUUUCUUUAUGCCAUAUCAGAAUACCACCGUCCUAAUAAUAGAAGAUUUUGCAUAGAUCAUAGAACUUCAUGGGUCAAGAAGUUAAAUUUGGUGAAAAUAUCCCCAAACUCACUUUGGUCAGAUGAUUCUUAUGGUCCUCCUGGAAGUGCUGUCAAAGAGUUGGGGGUCGGAAUAAGAAGGGCAGAGUCCCAGCUUCCUUAAAUUUCAAACCUGAUUGUAAUGGUAUCAGAUCAAGACACACUAGUAAGAAUUAAAGAACUAGUAAAAUGGCAGUCAACCCACUACUCUUACUGCAUACUUUAAAUAGGAAAUUGAAGACUGCAAAGAAAAUGUUCAUGGCAUCACUUCUCUGUCCUUUGCCCCAUCAUGACUUUUUUCCUGGGUAGGCAGUCUUCAUACCCUCAAUGAACAAAACUAGUGGGAAGUCUGUUUAAAACAACAAUAAAAUUUUUAAUCUGGGUCAGGUCUAGGCUGACACCCACCCCAAAGUGUCCAAAUAGCUGAAACAACAGCAUUCUCUUCUUGUGUGUGGGUGUUUGGUGCAGAGGUGAUGGUAGACCUGGCCGGUGAAAGAUUCCGCAGGGGCACCGAGUCAAUGGACACCUUCAGUCCUAGCUUGAGUGGGGUUCAAGUGAGGGCUACGUGGCCUGCAACACUGGCAGCAAGUUCUGGGUGAGUUAGAAGGUUAAAUACUGUAGUGGCCCUGGUAGUCACCAUGAAUCAGGCCCAUUGUCCUGAACUUAACAUAGUUUUAAAAACGUGUAGUUCAGUUCCGGGCAGAAUGAUACAUAUGGUUUGCUUCUUGAAUAUUCGUUAUGACAAGGGCUGAUAUUCGUUAAGCAUCAAAUGGGUCAAAUGGAUGAGGACUCGUAUGUGCAGAGCCCCAACUUAAGUUGCCUCCUGGAAAAUUCUGCAAUGCUGAAACCCCCUGAGCUUUGAGUGUGGGGAGGCGGUGGUCAUUCACUAUGAUAUGUGGGUCUUCUGAAGUCAGAACCGUAUUUAUAAUGUCCUCCUACCCACUAUCAAAAAGAGAGUGACCUGUGUUCAGCAGGAAAGGGGGAAGACAGGAAAAUAAAACUGUGGGAUCACUGUGGUAGUGUGCUCUCCCUGCCCCCACUAAGAAAAAUACGGCACUGAGAAAUGGCCAUAAAACACAAAGUGAGGUGGUUUCCACAAUACGCAGUGAUGUUGUCUUUGGUAAUUGUAGGCACAGUUAUCUUCUGGAAAUGCAUGCACGGUGAAUUAUAAUAAAGGGGGAACAGUGCACAAAUCAUAAGUGUUCCCUUUGCUAUUUAUUCUUCCAUAGCUUUGUCUAUCCCCAACUAAUUCGUUUGUUGGGGGCACAUUUAUUAAAAGAGCUAACAUGGAAGUUUUCACUUUUCCAUUGGCCUUAUUUGAUUCAGGACCACCUUUAUCCAUAGGCGUGGAUGUGUAUUGUUCAUUCUGGGUCAUCUUUGUUGUCUUUGCAUGUGUUUCUGGAUUACUUUUGCUUCUCUGGGCUUUUGAUUCCUUUCUGACUAUCCUUUGUCUGUGCCAAGCGAAACAUGCUCCAGGGAGGAAAAAGAAAAGGCGUAUUUGGUGUUUUGCAAAAUUACUUGACACCAGGUCCCGGAAUGGGAACCAAACUUUGAUUCGCAUCUAUUUUUCUUGGUUACAAUUCCAACCUUGCAACUUGGUAUUUAUCAUAGUGGAUUAACUAAGAGCACUUCAGUGCUGAUGUUUUUUGCCACUAGAUGUAACGCCGUGGAACUUGACUAACCUUGGUCUUCUAGAUGUUCUUUCCUAGAGUUAAGACUCUCUGAACUUUUAGAAAGAAUUCUUUGUCACCUCCACUCGACCUAGCAGUUUUCAGAGGGAAAGUGCAGAGAGUCAUUUUUCCCCCAAUGACUCUGGCAGAGAGAUGUUUUUUGCCAAUUUGCAUGCUGGGUUAUAGGUUUAGCGUGGGCUGUUUCUCUUUUAAUGUCUUUGUAUUGUUGGCAUCUUGCAAUCUUGAUGGCCCACUAUUCCAAUUUAUUUAUUUUCUUUUAUACUGUCAAAAUAACAUGCUAGAGAAAGAAUCAGAGUGAGCAUUCUGUAUUCUGAGUUAAAAUGGAGUUAGAUGUCAUUUGUACGAGUCUGUACAAUGAUUAAUAUCUGUAGAGAAAUUAGACCAAAUGAAACCUGCUAGAAUGGUUUUGAUUUAUAUUGCCUUCAUCAUUCUGAUUUUAGAUGAAAUGGUUAUUGCUUUCCACCCCUGCUGAAAAAAGAGAGUGUUAAACUUUAAUAAUCACAGCACCAUGAUGCAAGCACAAAGCUUGUUCAUUUGAAGUGUCUGUUUUUCUCAUCUUCACAUAUACUUUAGAAUAGAGACUCUUUUCUCCUGUGACCUCCUCUGCAAACUUUUGGGCAGUGUUUCCAAUACUCAGCAUGCAUAAAAUCAUUUGUAAAAAUGCAGAUUCCUUCACCCUAACCCCUGAGAGUCUGAUUCAGAAACUUCAAACAGGGCCAAGGAAUCUUCAUUGUGCGUCAUUAUCCUUAAUGAUUUUAAUGAGAUGGCUUGUGGACCUUUCUUUGAGAAACUGUUCAGAGACAAUGCAGAGGUCAACAUAUCUCUCACUUCCUUGUGGUACUUCCUCUCUCUUUCCACUGCAGAUAAGUCAAAGCAUGCAUAAUUCAUUAUCUUAAGAGAAAAGACCCCAAAAAGGAACACCCAGCACAAGGGCAGAGUAGAUUUCCAUAAUUUCUUUGUCCUUUCACCUGCCUGUCAAUCAUAACGUCUUCUCCAUGUUGUGUAUGUUUAUGCCUUUUUUUUUUCCCAUGCUGAAAACCUGCAUCAGUCUAGUUUUGUGGCUGGGUAGAUGGGAGCACGUGUCUGAGUGAGAUGUGCCCUAAUGAUGCCCAACAAGGAGUUGUUCAUUUCUAGGCCCUUACGCGGUUCGGGUCAGAGGAACUUGAGAAUGAUCCAUAAUUUAAUGAUGUGUGUGGCCCCAAAGGGGGUUCCAAUAACUGCAUGCACAAACUACCCAAAUGAAUAUGGAAUGAUUAGUGAUUUCAGCUGUAUUUCACAAAUAAAAUCCUAACUCAUGGAGCUGCUCAAUUUGUCCAGUUUGACUCAAACAGGACUAGGAGGCUCUCAGAUAGUUGAAGACCCUGAACCCCAACAUUGAUUAAAAACUUCAAGCGAAACCAAUGAGGGAGAAUAAAUUAAAAAAAAAAAAAAAAGAAAAGAAAAAAAGAAAGAAGGAGUGGAUUCAAAAUAGCUGUCAUAGUCCGUAAGUAAUGACAUGAAGUUCUCUAAUUUUCCAGGCACUCUGACCAGGAGAGAUGGCUGUACUAUGAUUAUUCAGAAAGAAAAAAAAUUUGGAGGUUUUUCAAUGAUCCACUUGGUCCCGUCCAUGUACGAGAGUAACUAGAGAGUUACCAAACUCCCACAUGCUACCAGAAAUAGAGAAUGGAUGACUUAAAUUCAUGCUUGUCAUGAUCAUUAGUUAGCAUUUAAGUAAAGACUACUACAAAGGAAAGUAAAUAAUGGUUAAUGAAACUAAUGAACUUGAGACACUAAUUAAGAUUACUUGGCGAAGAAUUUUAAAAAAUAACAAUAACUUUAAAUUUGAUUCAGUUUGCCUUCCCUCCUUUACUUCCCAAGUGGGAUUCCUUUACUUCCCCAGCUUCCUAAUCUUUAAAAAAUGUUCCUCUUGUUUGUGAACAAAUUGUGUUGUUUACUGGAUAAAGAAUUUUGAGUUCUUAAACUGUCAUCCUUGCUUUAUUUAGGAAAUUUACUUUGAAAAGUCUAAAGAAAAAUGUGUCCCCGUCCAGUGACUAUCAAGGAGUUUGUCCUGGGGGAAGAAGGCAGUGAUGUUCCUGUUAAUCAGCUUUCUAAAAGCACUUACAUGCCAACUGGAGGAUUUAGUAAGUCUCCUCUCUCCAGCGACCUCUUCCAUCUUGUCAGUUUAUUCUUAGAAUUGACCUUUAGCUAAUUUACCUGCAUUUGCACAAUAAAAAUCAGCAUAACUUCAGACUCUUCCCCUGCUGAUGUUGGCUCCAUCCAUCACAAAUGGAAGAGGACUGAUGAUGCACAACUAAGUAGUGGAGGAGAGUUGCUUUAUAAUUGCAUCUGUGAGUGUGUGCACGUGUGUGUGUAUGUGUGUACGUGUGCAGUUUUUAGGUUGGUGUUGGGUCAGUGGCUAGUAGUGUCCAUGGUAAUGCUAUCCAAGUGCAAGGAUAAAGUUCUUUGGUUACAAAGUUUAACAGCUUUGAAUUCAGCACUUUGAAUAGUUUUUCUUCACUGUGGGUGUCAGUCUUUGAGAAUGUUGAGAAGAGCUGGUUUCCCGAUGCAAAAUUCAAACAUUUCAGAUUUCUAGAUAAAAACCAAACUCAUUUUCAUUUACAUAGUCACUGGUGGCAUCUUACUAAAAGAAAGAAAAAAGAAAAUGAAUGCCUGGGAAGUUAAAUGUGCAUCGAAUUCACACUGAUCACUAGCAGUUUUUGUCAACUGCAGCCAGUGGUCAGUGUUUUAUCUUGUAGGAGAGAGACACACAGAAACACUUGCAGGAACAGCUCUUUUCUGAUUUUUGUGAGUUAUGUGCAUUUAAGGCAGCAACUCGCAUCCAGGGGAGAUUUAGCACCCCAGGGGACUUUCCCCAAUGCCUGGGGACAUUUUUUGAUUUUCAUGAUUUGAGAGGUGCUACUGGCAUCCAGCGAGUAAAGGAAGCUGCUAAAUAUCCCACCGUGCACCAAACAGACCCCACAACAGAGAAUUAUCCAACCCCACAUGUCCAUGGUGCUGAGGCUGAGAAACCCUGAGUUAAGGGUUGACUCAUAUCUUCUAAGACAUUCUUAACCAUGUAGAGACAGACUCUGGGUCAAGAGAUAGGAUGAAAUGAACAGCAACAAUUUGUAUCACCUUAAUUCUGUACAGUGUUCACUUAUUAUCACUUUAUAUAGAUGUAAAUGCUGAAAUUUGGAGAAAAAUGUCAUUUUCUCCCAGAGUUCCCGUAGUGAUGAGGCAGGCCUGUGGGCUAGGACUCUUUCUUCUAUCUAAGUCUUUUUCUGCCUCAGGAAAAAUGCUACUUCAGUGGAGUCAUCAACUUUAUAGCAGCGAAAUGUGUUUGCCGUGAAGCACUUUGGGGGCAUUUUCAGUUAGGUGACCCUAUGAGGGAUGUUUUUCAAGCUGCUCAACAGUAGACAACAAGGUGCUCUCAGAAAUAAAACAGGAAAGAGGGAGCAAGAAUGCUUAGAACAGGCCAACGACUUCAUUGUCUUUAAUGCUCAGUGUGUCCUCCAUUACUUUGGGUUGAAUAUCCCCUCACUAAAGAUGAUACUUAGAUCUUGGAAAAUAUGAUCCUCAUACUCAGCUGCCCUCACGCCCUUGUUGUCAGAGAUGUGACAAGUCUAGGCACAGGCUCUGGCUACUGAGCCUUAUUUCACUCGUGCCUGCUGACUUUACUAGGACACAAAACAGGUUUUGUGUCUUAAAGAAUUUGACAUUUUUCUUUUACUCUAACAUGCUAACCUCCCAAUGAUAGAAUAAAGGUCAGAUUAUUCUACCCCCAUGUCAUACAAGGGAACCUGAGGACCCAGAGAGUUUACGUUAGUCAUUUGCCUGUUCAUUUGUUCAUGCGUUCAUUUAGGGCCCAGUUUACUGUGAUAAGCAUUGUUGUCUACUAGGGACUAGAACUUGGGUUGUCGAGCUUGAAUUCAUCCAGAUCCUAGGCUGACAUUAUCCUGUGUGUAGUUCUGAUCCACUUUGUAGAUUUACGGUUUAAAUAUCAAGUUACAAAUAAUAUAUAUGAAGGAUUUAUUAUUAUGUGCCAGAAACUCUGCUAAGAACUUUAUAUACCUUAUCUUAUUUAAUCCCAUAAUGACCUAAUAAAGUAGUCCCUGUUACUGUCCUCUUUUUACAGAAGAGGUCAGUAACAGAAAUGUAAAGUAGCACAUCACUUGACAAGGGCAGAGACAGGUUUUCAUCAAGGUUUCUUAGACCCCAGAGGCUGACAGCUUAACCACCUCAUGAUAUAAGCUCUUCUCUCUAUUUUCUGGAUUUCAACUUUUAAUAGUUUCUUCUAGUCUAAGCAGAAGGCAGCCAGGAUGAUUCCAGCCUGAAAUCCUUCCUGAAAGUCGCUAGCUAUUUUGAGUAGCAAGUCCCAUGAGGCAUGCACAUCCCUAGGGGAUAAAGGACAGGUUUGGAGGGGCACUUCUGCCUACCAAAGACUGCUUCAUGGAAAAAGCCCGAUCAAGGGGCAGUGAUGUUAUAGAAGAGAGAUAUGGUGAGGACGGUGCCCUCUGAAACCCACAGCGGUCAGCUAGCUUCCAGUUCACCAAGGCAGAUUUCACGAGGGGUAAGACAGGUGUCUGUGUAUGCGCGCACGUGUGUGUGUAUGUGUGUAUGCAUGAAUCUGCUAUUUUCACCUUUUGGCUUUUUAAACAAUCUCAAAUUUUGUUCAUGACAGGUCAGAAAUCUGAAUAUGAUUGACUGCCCCUAGUAGCUCAUCAUUACUGUUCUAAGUUGGAAAAAAGGGAGGCAGCUAGAGAAAAGAAACUGCACUGAAGUGUGUGAGUGUGUGUGUGCGUGUGUUGUGUAUGUGUGUUUAUGUAUAAAUUUUUGUGUAUAUAUGUAUAUAUGUGUGUACAUCUACCUAAAUGUAUAUAAUAUAUCUAUACAUUUGUAUACGUAUAUAAGCAGAUCUUAGUUUGAAACUGGAAUUUUGAGUUUGAGGGAUUUAUUAUUAUUAUAAUUUAUUUUUGAUUACUAGAUAGUCUAAUACAGUUCUAAUUUCCAAAAUUCUCUUCCAUUAUGAGUAUAAUGUAUGUAUCUAUGGUGCAGAGAAUAUGAUUAGAAUACCUAGGUUUAACAUCUGUGGAUGCAAAACCAAACAAAAGUGCAUUUAAGGAAAAGCCAAACUUGGAAAACCUGGCUUUCUUAUUUGAACCAUUUGUUGGAAUUUCAAACUACGUAUUGUCUAACUUGUUCAUUAAAAAACAAAACAAAACAAACAAACAAAAAAAAAACACCACCACCACCAAGUAAAGGUGGUGAUGUUUAGGAAGAAAAUAGAGGUCUAUGGCAGCAUAAAUCCAAUGGUUAUCAUGCCAGUGGUAUUUCGCCUGCCUAUUUGUUAAUUUACUAUCUCCUUACUGAUUUCACUUCAUCAUUCAUGGGGGUCCCUGUGGCCUUACAUGAUUUUUAGGUGGGGCUCAUUAUCUGUUUAAUUAUUUUAAAGCUACCGUAAAUAACUUAUAAUAUGCAUAUUGUAAAUAUAUACUAAAGCUCAAGGGCACAUUGUAAUAAUAACCAAACGUUUUCUAGCCUCCUGCAAAUAACCCUUUAAGCCUGUUUGUACAGAUACCAAAAUAGUUGCUCAAAGAAGGAACAACAUAAAAGUUAAAUGAAAGAAAAUGUUACUUACCUGUUUUGGCAUCCGGUAGGCAUAGGACCAAAUGACUGAAAUUUGGGCACUCUUAAAGAUACGGUAAGUUAUGUUUUUAUCCAUAGCCAUGUGCUUUGCAUAUUUUGGAGAAUAUGAAAGGUGUUUUAAGUCAACCUAUGCAAACAGAGCUUCCCUGGUGCUCCUUGGGAUCAGUUUAUUGCGCACAAGCUCAUACCUUCAGAAGCUCAGCCUGGCUCAGCUGAUAGUCCAGGCACAGACUCUCCCUCCCAGGGGCCUGUCAGGUUAGCUCAGUCAGAAACAUUUGCAAACCUAUUGAGAACGGUCAUUCACUUUUUCCCCAAAGGCUCCCUGCAGAUAUGGUCUUAAAAGCCUAGGAAAGAAAAUCAAUUCUGUACCAAUUAAAUGUUCUAAUUAGGUUUAAGGACACUUAAAGAAGGAGUGGUUGGUUUUCUAAAAAAUUUUGGAGCAGAGGGAGAGGUUUAACACCAACCUGGGCUUCAAGUUCCCGUCUCAUUUUUCUUUCCUUUAUUUUUAUUCCAAAGAAGUAUGUUGGAUCAGGAGAAUUUUGCUUAAAAUAUUCUGCUUAGUUUAGAAAAGGACAGAUUAAUGUUUUUUGUACAUCAUGUGGGGUGGAGAAGUGGGGAUGCCCAAACCCCUCAUCACCCUGUUUCUGACUCAUGAGUUACUGGAGUGGUAUCCUACUUGAAACAUGGAGAAGCAGAAACGUAGAGCAGCUGCAUUUCAGAGCCUCAGUGAAAGCUGUUAAUGGGAUCUACCAUAAGUGGGUUACCACUUCGAUUAGCGAUGGCAUCUAGCUUGUUUCCCUGAUAGGAACUUAGUCUGUAAAAUCAAGACCCUUUGGGUUGGCUGAAGGAAUUGAACUAAUGAUCUCAGUUGAAUUCCUGAGCAUCUUUUCCCCACAUCUCUUCAGAUCCAGCAGAGCACUGAGUAGAAUCUAACAAACAACAUAAUUUGUCCAAAUUAAAUCAACCUGUUUAAAUAGGAUUAGCACCACUGUUGACACUUACAAAGAUCCUACUGAUUGGGAUACCUGGGGAUCUCCAAGUACCUUUUGCCAGGGACUGUCAAGCUCCUCGUACAUUCCAUCUCUGAUGCUUUGAAUGUGAUGUCACCAUAGACAGAGGAGUCUGAAUUUUGCUGGUACUAACCCUGAGUGGUGAUCUGUUGGGGCCUUGCUCAUGUUCCUUUUUCCUGACCUCAUUCAAGUGCUUGAUGACUUGGGUCGGUUUGUUGCACACUGAUGUAUACCAAGUGACACCCACUGAAAUUACCUCUUUUCCUUUCGAAUGCAGUUCACUUGUACAUAAGUGUAAUGUCAAAUUGUUUACAGGUUCUUUUUUUGUGUGUAAUUGUGAUAGCAGAUUUAGCUCAAACUUUAAAGGAAUCUGUUUACUGAAUUGUGUUAAAAAUGAAUGUGCUUAUUACAGUAUAAACAUCAUUAAUUAUGGACUCACAUGAAUGCAUGUCUACCUGUUGUCAACUCCCAGCAGCUUGGUUAUCCAGCAAAAAGUCUGCAGUCUGUGAAUAGCAAAAUAUACAUAAACUUCUGUGACUCUGCUAACUCAGUAACUGUUUUUACCUUGGUAUGUAACACUGUAGAUUUCAGCCUGCUGUAUUUCUUUCUUACCUAUUUGUUUUUGCAAGAGAAACAUGAUCUAAGAUAGCACUUCUAAUUGUCCCAAUGGAAUUGCGCACCAUUUUGGCGAUCAUUGGUCCACCCAAAAGGCAGCUGCCUUGUGCUGGAACAAUGGCCCUGAGCAACGUAUAAAUAUAUAUACAUACAUAUCUAUGUAUGCAAUAUCGACAGUGCUAAUUAUUACCAUAUAUAGUCUCACUGCCAAUGGAAACAAGCUAUUUUCUUUGGAAUCACUGAUGGAUAUACAGAGAUUAAUUUGCUGCUAACUGCUUUCAUAUUCUGUUUAGUUCCUAGAGUAUGGUAAAUGACACAAGUGCAGUAUCAGUAUUGUAAAACUGUGUGGUGAAAACUGCAAAAGUCAUUCUGUGGAUAUAUUUUAAAAGGCAGACCAGAAACUAUAUUUCAGAUCCUUGUGUGAAUAUAAUUACAGAAAUAGGUAACUAUUUUUUAUGUGUUUCCAUAGAUGACUCCAUUUCAUAUACAUUGUAAUU